AAAUGACACAGAUAACAAAUACCAGACUUGUUAAUGGCACAGGACCUUAUGAUGGUCGUAUAGAGAUGUAUGUUAAUGGUCAAUGGGGAACAAUUGAUGCGAGAUAUGUUGAUAUGUAUGAUGCUCGCACGAUAUGUAACACGCACAAUACAAGUCUAGCAAUGUAUUUCACGUCUGCAAUAUAUGGACAAGGGACAGGGCCUAUAUUUUUACGGGAGCUCUACUGUUACAGUGAAAAGAGUCACAUAAGCAGGUGUACUGGUUUUUCACCAUACAGACCUUAUUCUUCACAUACCUACGAUUUAUCUAUAGCUUGUACAACAUGUGGCUUACCUACAAUUUACAACGGACAACCUGUUUCAUUCAAUGGAAAUGUGUUAACUAUUGCUUGCCACAAAGGAUCACGGCCAAACCAAGUAACGAUGACAUGCCUUGAAGAUAAUAACUGGUUUCAGGAACAAAGAUGCACUCCAUAUAUUGAACACCCAUUACAAAUAGAAGACAUUGCUCUGCAUGGCGGACAUAGACCCACCGAAGGACGUGUUGAACUGAAAGUAAACGGGACAUGGGGCACGAUUUGUGAUACAGGUUUUGAUUCUGCUGAUGCACAUGUUAUAUGUAAUAUGUUUGGUUUACAAUAUAAAAGCUUCUUCGUGAAGGCAAGCCAUUACAGUAAAGUAGGAAGUGGUCCAAUUUAUGUAAGCAACAUGAUAUGUGAUGGCACAGAGUCACAUAUAAACGAAUGCAGUUACGAGAUAUCAAAUAAUUGCACACAUUACGAUGACGUUGCAGUAGAGUGCACAGGAUAUCAAUUAAACAUCACGGACAUCAGAUUAGCAGGAACAAACGGACCAUAUCACGGAAGAGUAGAAUUGAAGGUCAACGAAACAUGGGGAACUGUCUGUCGGACCCGAUUCUACUGGUCUGGAGCUUAUACCAUCUGUGGUAUUCUUGGACUUUCCACGUAUAUCUCAUCCUUUUGGAACCAAGGAAGUGGACCAAUCUAUAUGGACAGGUUAGAAUGCUCCCCGCCAUACAACAAUUUCAACCAAUGUCGAUAUUCGGUAGAUAAUUACUAUAACUGUGGCCAUAACAACGAUGCGACCGUCAUGUGUUACGGACCAAAAUUAAAUAUAACAGAUGCUAGACUAGUAAAUGGUACAAGUGUAAAUGAUGGACGUGCAGAAAUCAAAGUAAACGAUAUUUGGGGCACAAUUUGCGACGAAAAUUUCAACAUCCUUGCUGCAGAUUUAUUUUGCCGGCUUCUUGGUCUAAGGGCAGCCCAGUAUUUUACAGGUGCAAUAUAUGGAGAAGGCAGUGGUCCUGUGUUUAUUGAUCAGCUAUUUUGCGACAGUAACGGUUAUACACUGAGUGAUUGUAAAUAUUUGUUUCUGAAUGAAUGCAGUCAUUCAAGAGAUAUCUCAGUUGUUUGCAACGAAUGUGGACAACCGGAUAUAUUUUUCUGGGGCGUUGAUUUUUUCACCUAUAAUGACACGAGUUUGUUUGCGGAUUGCUCAUACUACAAGACUUACGUUGGAAAACUAAAACUAACCUGUAAUAAUCAAACACAAGAGUGGGUUACAGAGGGGGAGUGUCAAGAGUACAAUUAUCCACUGGAUCUCACAGACAUACGGCUUGUUAACGGACCAAAUUCAACAGCUGGUAGGGUCGAGAUCAAGUCUUUGGAUACGUGGGGAACAGUUUGUGAUGAUUCUUUCGGAAUGAAAGAAGCUAAUGUUAUAUGUCAAAUGCUCGGAUACCCGCCAGCUAUGGGAUUUUACGCUAGCGCACAUUUUGGAGCAGGUAAAGGGCCAAUAUUUAUUGAUGAUCUAAGUUGUCAAGAAGAUUCCAAACAUUUAAACAACUGCACGUACGAAACAUAUGAUAAUUGUAACCAUGAUGACGAUAUAGCUGUUGUAUGCACAGAUUGUGGUGAUCCAACACCAGGCAAUGGUUUUACAAACUCAUCAAAGACUAAUUAUGGUGCUGCAGUCCAUGUCUCUUGUGAUGAAGAUUACAUGCUGGAUGGUAACAGUGAUAUCAUAUGUCAGAUAAAUGGAGAGUGGUCGAAUAAACCUAGCUGUAAACUAAUUGAUUGUGGUGAUCCAACACCUGACAAUGGGAAAGUUAACACGACAGAAAGUACAAACGGAACUGUUGCUUUGAUAUCAUGUGACAAUGGUUAUACAUUAUCAGGUCGAGCAGUUAUAACAUGUCAAUCCAAUGGAACUUGGACACAAAACCCAGCCUGUGACAUCGUUGAUUGUAAAGUACCAAAGCCAAAUAAUGCCAUUGUGACAUUGAUUGGAAACAAAACUACAUUUGGUGAAUCAGCGAGUAUAAGUUGUUGGACAGGUUAUAACCCAAAAGUGAAUUCAAAUGUUAUGUGUCUAUCCAAUGGCUCAUGGGAAAAGUGGAAUGACUGCGAAAUUGUUGAUUGUGGUAAUCCUGUUCCUGACAAGGGCUCUGCAAAUAGCACAAAUACAACAUAUAAUACAGUGUUAGAGAUAACAUGUGAGCCUGGAUAUAACCUUACAGGAUCAUCAGUCGUCAAAUGCCAAGAAAAUGAAACAUGGACAGAUUAUCCAGUAUGCGAUACAUCAGAUUGUGGACAGUUCCCAAUAGUGAAUGGUGAAGUGAAUACAUCACUUGGUACAAGUAUUGGAUCAUUAGCUACUGUCAAGUGUGAUGAAGGCUAUGAUUUACAAGGUUCUUCAGAAAUUAAUUGUACAAAAACUGGAUGGAACGAAACAGUAUCAUGUCAAAUACAAGUAUGCCAUGAUCCUUCCCCGGACAAUGGUAAAAUCACUGACACUGAUGGAGAUGACGAGUUUGUUUUUGGCAAUUAUGUAAAGAUAGAAUGUAAUACCGGAUACAACAUAGAAGGUGACAGUUUUAUCACGUGUAUAAAUGGAGGGAAUUGGAGUGCAUCACCGAAAUGUCCUUUAAUUGUUUGUGAAAAGCAUAAUGUGCCUCUACAUGGUACCAUGGAUGAUUCUGUCGGUAAUGAGUAUAACUCCGCAGUGACAUUCAGCUGUAAUGAGGGAUAUCUUUUGGUUGGAGAAAAAACUAGUACUUGUGGAGACGAUGGCAAGUGGAGUAGUGAGUCUCCAACCUGCGUGAUAAAAUCCGACGUUGGAGGACCUUGCCUUAGUAAAGAAUAUUGUUUGAUGGCCGAUUCAUUGUGUAUUAACUCAGCAUGUAAAUGCCUCACAGGAAUAUUUGACAGCAAAUCAAAGAUAUGUGAUAAAAUGCCGCUGUUACCUUACGGGACUGAUGAAGGGGAUCACUUUAUAUCAGACACUGAAGUUUGUGGACCUGAUAUAUCUUUCCUACCCGGAAUGCCCGUGUCUGGUUCAAUGCGUAAACAUUUGUUUGUGUGUUCCUAUGGCUUUGUAAGCUUUGAUAACAAAUAUACAAACCCGACCCCGCCAGAAAAUGCAAACAGUAUUGUGACAAACGGCGAAGAAACCAUCAUAGCACCAUUCUAUGGUCCCAUUGAUAAAAGAACAUCAGGCCCUGUUUACUUUAGAUCAUAUGAUAUCUUGAACUCGUAUGACAAAAUGAAAGAGGACGAAGAAUUGAUAUCUUACAUAGAGAAUAUUGUGAUAAAGUUUGGGGAUAAGGAAACAUUUGAUGCAAGCUUUGUAAUGAUAGCUACCUGGCAUGAAGCUAAGACAACAGUUGCAGGAUUUGAUUCUACAAAGAAAUCCACAUUCCAGGCAGUUUUAGUAUCAGACGGGAAGUCAACGUACGUGUUUUAUAUUUAUGGGCAUGGCUUAAUGAAUUGGGGACCAAAUGACUCGGAGUUCGCAUCAAGCGUACCAAUAUGGGUUGGCCAUAAUGUUCAAAAUGUUGAUUCGGGAAUAUCAUUUAUACAUCCCUAUUCAUUCACCUCUCAAGCGCUACAACUAGACUCACAGCCGGAGGUGUCAUCAACAGAAGACGAUGUUGCUGGACUUGUCUUUAAACCCUUGCAUCAACUCAACAUGAAUCAUCAAAACGAUGCUGUUGAUUGUAUUAAUUGGUAUAACGAAAAUUAUGACAACAAGAAGAACCUAGAUUACCUUGCAAGUCUUAUGCCAGAAUGUCCAUGUGAUAUAUGGCUGUCUCGUUUCGACCCUUGGUUUUGGAAAAUAGGUUUACAAAGAUGGCGGCGGGAUGUGAAUCAUAUCUGUGUGGAUAUGCUUCAUGCUGGAAAUUUUAGACAGUAUGGAAAAUCGUGUUGUUACGACGUUAAGACAUGGCUUUGGGUAUAUGAACGUCCCUUUGCUGGGGGAUUUCAACUUUACCACCCACGCUAUCCAUUACAACAUAUUUUGAAUGAUGUUAUCUACAAGACGAAAUGCUGUGUUUUCUCGAAUCAUUGCAACUUAUUUUAUGAGCUUAGACCAACAGGGUCGUGCUAUGCUUCCUCUCCAUAUAACUUUGGUAUAUUUUGGGGCGAUCCACACUUUAUAACUUUAGAUAGAAAGAAUUUUACAUUCAACGGUCUUGGCGAGUAUACGUUAUUACAUGUUGACACCGAUAACUUUACUCUCGACAUCCAAGCAAGAACUGAAAGGGCACUUAAACAGGAUGGUAAACUAUCAGAUGCAACAGUAUUUAGCGCAUUUGCCGUGAAAGAAUCCUCAAAUGCUUCCCUCCAUGUUGAGCUUAAUAAAGCGAAAACAGGUAUGAUUAUUUACGCCAACAAAGCUGACAUCACCAGCCAGUUCUAUGCAAGUACUGAUCCAGAAAAUCCAUUUGUUUAUAUUCCUGAGGAACCGUCCGGAGGAGGGACUUUGAUUAUUUCAAAAAGAGAUGAUAUUCUAAGCAUUUUAUUUCCAACAAGUGGUAUAUCUCUCAAUAUAUCCGUUAGCGUAGAAAUGCUUUCUCUUAACACCGGGGUGCCAAAGGUAUUACAUGGGCUGACAACUGGAUUAUUGGGAAACUAUGAUGGUAAUCCUGAGAAUGACUUUGCAAUGCCAAAUGGAACUGUCCUGAGAGGAAAUCUUACAGAACGGGAAGUUUUUGAAUACGGAAAGACAUGGUCGAUCAAUGCAAAUGACUCCGCAUUUAUUUAUGAAGACGGCAAGUCGCAUUUUGAUUUCCAUAAUGACUCUUAUAUUCCACGGUUUCUUGAUGAAGCUGAUCCUGACAAAAUAUUGGAAGCGGAAAAAGCCUGUAACGGCUCACAAAAUAUCGAAUGUAUUUUCGACCUCGUAUUUACUGAGAAAAUGGAAAUAGCUAACCAAACCAGCAUCAUCAGAGGGGAAUCAGACUCUACUACGGCUGAACUCGAAAUUACAGUGCCUACGCUUUCUGGAUGUGAGGACAUAUAUGCUACGAAAGGUCAAAAUGUAAGCUGCCGCAUCAAUUUUGGUUUUGAUGAUGAAGUCUACUUCAUAGAAAACAGUGUUGAUGCAAAGAUAAAUAUUUCAUCUUCAUCAGUCACAUACAUCCAAACAAACGAUGACCCUGUGAAGAUUCGCAUUGCAACGAGAAACAAAAAUGGUCGCUCAUCACCAAGUUUCGUGUUAAAUAUCGUUCUUUGUACACUGUGUAAUGGUCAUGGCGUGUGCAGCAAUGAAACACGUGAGGAUAAAUUUGGUGGAGACAAUUUUAAAUAUGCCAAAUGUAUAUGUGAGCCGCAAUAUCAAGGAGACGAUUGUGAGAAUGAUUUUGACGGAUGCGCAGCAAAUCCAUGUUCACUACAAAGAACUUGUCAGUCGCUUACAGCUAACGAGCAGAAGAAACAAAAUCGGACAUAUACUUGUGGACCGUGCCCAACUGGUUAUAAAGCAGAUACCGAAAACGAAUGCAUAGAUGUUGACGAAUGUGCAGAUAAUGGAAAUAUUUGUGAUCAAGUCUGCACUAAUACAGAAGGAAGCUUUGAGUGCUCGUGCAGAGGUGGUUAUAAGGUGGAUAGUGAAAACAAAAGCAAGUGUAAAGACAUCAAUGAAUGUGACGUAGCCUUACAUAAUUGCACGCAUGAAUGUGUGAACAACGAAGGAGGAUUCUCGUGUCAAUGUUUUACGGGGUUCAAAUUUGAUUUUUCUACAUGGACAUGUACAGAAACUUCAGAUGAAGGAAGUUGCACUGACUCAGAAAAGAUAGUCUGUACUGGCUCAAGUGGCUGUAGGAAAAUUGAUGGAAUAGCCGAAUGUUUCUGUACUGACGGGUUUGAACUCGAUGAAACUAAAACAAUUUGCAAAGACAUAGAUGAAUGCAACAGAGGUGUUUGUCCACAUGACUGUGUUAAUACUAAUGGAAGUUUUGAGUGUGUUUGUUUCAUCGGAUAUAAGCUUUACGGUUCAACUACAUGUAAAGCUUGUGUUGUUCCUUAUUGGGGAGAAAACUGUGCAAACAAAUGUGUUUGUACAGGUCGUGGUGCAGAUAGAUGCGACCCAAUUAAAGGUUGUAUAUGCAAACCUGGUUGGCAGGGAGACAAAUGUGAUAAUGACAUUAAUGAAUGUGUUGCAACGCUAGAUCAAUGUGAUGAUCCAUUGAAAACUUGUGUCAAUAGUCUAGGCUCUUAUACGUGCAUCUGUCGGUCUGGAUAUCAACUGACAGAUGACCAAAAAUGUGAAGACAUAGACGAAUGCACUGAUCCACAGCUCAAUGAUUGUGAGCAGAAUUGUACAAACUCUGUGGGAAGUUAUUCCUGCAAAUGCAGAGACGGAUAUACCAGGCUAAAUGGAACAUCCUGCACAGAUGUAGACGAAUGUGAAUUGGGUUUGGACAAGUGUGAGCAAAGAUGUAUAAAUAAUCCGGGCUUUUAUUCCUGCCUCUGUCAUUUUGGGUACUCUCUCAAUGAUGAUAGACGUACUUGUGCUAAAUUGUCUGAUGCAUGCUUGAGUAUCAAUAACCUGACGUGCUCACAUUUCUGUGUGUUGGCAAGUGAAGAUGCAUCGUGUGCUUGUAUGAAAGGUUUCAAUUUGGAUCCUGAUAAUGAAACGUGUUCAGAUAUAAAUGAGUGUGAGAAUGAUGCAGACAAUAAAUGCCAUAUCAAUGCUACGUGUAUAAAUACGGCUGGAUCUUAUAAUUGCGAGUGUCCAGUAGGUACACAACUUGAAAAUGACGGCAGGACUUGUUCAGAAUGUGAUGACUAUCACUAUGGCAAGAACUGUUUGCAUGAAUGCAGCUGUCUUAAUGGAUUUUGUGAUAAAAUAAAGGGUUGUGUGUGUCAACACGGAUGGGUUGGUGAUAAAUGUGACAUCGAUAUCAACGAAUGUGAAACAGAACAAAUCUAUUGUCCUGCCCAAAAUACCAUGUGUGUAAACCUUCUGGGGAGUGCUACAUGCUUAUGUCAAACCGGAUAUGAAAAUAGCACCGGGAAAUGCUUGGAUAUCGAUGAAUGCUCUGAUUUACAGCUGAACUCAUGUGACCAACAAUGUAUGAAUACAAACGGUAGCUUCAGAUGUAGCUGCCACAAAGGUUUUCAAUUUAGAAAUGGAAAAUGUAUAGAUGUCAAUGAAUGUACAAGUAGACAUGGGUGUGGUCAAAUUUGUGAAAACACCGUUGGCAGUUAUUUAUGUUCAUGUGAGGAAGGCUUCAAGCUUCAGUUGUCUGAUAGAAAAACUUGUAGACCGGAGUCUGAAUGUAAUGAAGACCAAAGCAAGACAUGUCCCGCGCAUGCGUCAUGUUACAUAAAUAAUGGGACAGUAAGUUGUACAUGUUCGAGAGGAUUUGAACCGAGUGGAGAUAGUUGCGAAGAUGUUGACGAAUGCCUGCCAAGUGUUCAGCCAUGUGACAGUCUAUGCAAUAAUACUGCCGGCAGUUUUGUAUGUAGUUGUAAAACUGGGUUCCAGUUACGAGAUGAUAACAUUACAUGCAAAGAGUGUGAAGCAUGGAAGUAUGGCUUUGAUUGCCAAUCAGAUUGUUCUUGUGACGAAUCAAACUCUGAACGGUGUGACCCUGCAACUGGGACGUGUGUAUGUAAAUCCGGUUGGGAGGGUGCAAGUUGUGAAGAUGACGUAGAUGAAUGCUUAAAUAAUACUGCUUGUCCAACUAAGUCAGCAUGUCUGAACUCAGACGGGAGUUACAUGUGCAAAUGUAACGCCGGGUAUGUAAAGACAGGAGCUAAACGAUGCGAAGAAUGUGAUAGUCGUCAUUUUGGAGAAGACUGCGCUCGCGAAUGUACUUGCAAUAUUGAAAACACUGAAGAUUGUAAUCAUGAGACAGGCUCAUGUACUUGUAAUCAGAGAUGGCAGGGACAAGAUUGUUUGGAAGAUGUAAAUGAGUGUUCAAGCAACAGCAGUAUUUGUGAUUUUAAGGCUAACUCAAUUUGUCGAAACAAUAUCGGUUCAUAUGAGUGCAUCUGUAAAGAUGGUUUUCUGGAACAAAGUGGGAUUUGCACUGAUUUCAAUGAGUGCUUAGAUAAUGAGAAAAAUAGUUGCGGACAGAAAUGUUUGAAUUUACCCGGUAGCUACGAAUGUGCAUGUUUUUCUGGUUUCUACAUGUCGGGAGGAGAUUGCCAAGACGUUGAUGAAUGCAAGAAGAACAACACAUGUGAUCACAAUUGUAAUAACACAUACGGAGGUUUCAUCUGUUCAUGUGAGCCCGGAUUUUAUCUAAACGUAACUGAUCGGAAAUCUUGCGUUGCCUGUGGAGAAUGGACAUACGGAUUUGAAUGUGCACAUAAUUGUUCUUGUCAUGUGCCGAAUUCUGAGAGAUGUGAUUCCAGAACUGGUGAUUGCAUAUGCGCCAAGGAAUGGAAGGGCUCUGAAUGCACCGAAGAUGUUGAUGAAUGUAUCGAUGAAGGAAUAUGCCAGGAAAAUUCAUAUUGUGAAAACUCUUAUGGAAGUUUCGACUGUUUAUGUGACAUUGGAUACCAAUUGAUUAACGGCAACAUAUGCAAAGACUGCGACAAUCCGUAUUAUGGGGAAAACUGCAGCAAGGUAUGCGACUGCAUCCCUAAAGGAACACUUGAGUGUAAUCAUGUAAAUGGUAGUUGUACUUGCAGCCAGGGCUGGACCGGCGUGUUGUGUAAUGUCGACAUAGACGAAUGUGAAGAAAAUAAAACAAUAUGUGAAUAUAAGGACAAUUCUACCUGCAAGAACGAAAAUGGUUCAUACAAGUGUUUGUGUAACGACGGCCUUAGAGACGAGGAUGAUAUAUGCACAGAAUGCGAUAUCUGGAAAUUUGGAGCAAAUUGCGAAUCAGUGUGUUCAUGUCAUACGACAAACACUGAGCACUGUAACCCGGUCACUGGAUUAUGUAGGUGUAAGCCAGGUUGGAAGGGUACUAUCUGCAAGGAUGAUGUGAAUGAAUGUGAAAUCGACAAUAUUUGUCAGAGUAACUCUGUGUGUAACAAUACGGUCGGAAGUUUUGGAUGUGACUGUAAUACAGGAUACAUUGAGGCAAAUAAUGGAGAAUGCUCUGAAUGUAGCAGCUGGUUCUUUGGAGAUAAUUGCAGUAAAGAAUGUUCGUGUAAUAAAGAUAACACUGACAUAUGUGAUCAUGUAACUGGUAAAUGCACUUGUUCAAAGGGAUGGACUGGUGACAACUGUAAUAUGGACGUAGACGAAUGUUUGAACAAUGACCAUCUUUGUGAUGAAAUGGCAAACUCUACAUGCAACAAUACCAUCGGUUCUUAUUCAUGUGUAUGCAAUACUGGCUUCAAAGACGAUGGAAGUAACAAAUGCAAAGAAUGUAACAAAUGGUUCUUUGGAAAUGAGUGUAGCACAGAGUGCACAUGCGAUAAAGACAACACCGAGUCGUGCGAUCUUGUUACUGGUAAAUGCACUUGUUCAAAGGUACAUGUUAAUCUUUUCUGUUUUUAUAUAUCACAAAUGGAUAUUAUUAUACUGAAUUAG